AUGCUACCUCCUGCGCAGACCCACCAAAACUACGUUACCUUAUCUACGUUUCCCGGUGGCUUUAUCACUUUACCAGAAAAGAGUUUCGUUUCACCCAGUGAUGGUGAUAUCAAGCGAACCGUACCCUCUCUCGCCUUUCUGAUCUCACAUCCAGGAUUUGGCGAUGCGAGUACCACAACUACACAACCGAUACGAUUGAUGUUUGAUCUCGGGUUACGUUCAGCAGCUACCAAAUACUCAGACAAACAGCAAAUACAUCUACAAAAUCGUCUGCCUUACAUUCUUGGCCCAAAUAUAGCCAGUCAACUUUUGAAAGGUGGAUUAAGUGCUGCAUCGGAUAUAGACAUUGUGAUUCUAAGCCAUAUCCAUUAUGAUCAUCAUGGAGACCCGGAGGAAUUUCCUAACUCCACUUUUAUCGUUGGAAGUGGAAGUUGCGAAAUCCUCAAGAGUGGUUUGGCAGGAGCCGGUAGUCACCAGCACUUUCAGCAGGACUUAUUGCCGUCUACGAGAACUUUGGAGCUUCCAAGAACGGAUAUCGAUGAAGCAAUCUUUCGUCUUCAGCUGAGAAGCGGACGUAUGGUCGAGAAUCAUUGGUCUGCCAUAGGGCCUUUCCCUCAUGCGUUAGAUCUGCUAGGUGAUGGUUCUAUAUUUGUUAUCGACAGCCCUGGACAUCUUCCAGGCCAUAUAAACUUGCUUUGUCGAGUGGAUCAAGAGAGCUGGGUGUACCUUGGGGGUGACUCAUGUCACGAUACUAGGCUUCUCACAGGCGAGAAGGCGAUCUCUAGUUGGGAGGAUCAGGAGGGCAAUGUUAUGUGUAUUCAUUUGGAUAAGGGUAAAGCUGAGGAUACGUUGAGGAAAAUAGCACGGCUAUCAGAACUGGAACAUUCUAAGGUUCAGAUCAUAAUGGCCCACGAUUGGAAGUGGUACGAGAGGAACAAGGCCUCUUGCUUUCCCGAAAUGCUUCAAUUUUGA